GCCACCAAAGGACAUGGAUACAUGUCAUCAUAGACAGACAAGCAACAACUAACUGGCGACAAACCUCAGUUAAACAGAUUGUGGCGUUCACUAACGAACACGAAGCGGGGACCGUCAGUCUUGGCCCAAUCUCCGGAGAAGCUCCGCUCUCGGUUCAAGUUCUCCGCCAAGCGACUACGCUCCUCUCCUUCCCCAUAUAUCACAGUCCCCUCACGCAGCCAAGAUGCAGGUUGUCAAUCAAAAUUGUAGGCUGGUCACUGCAUUUCGUUCCUGGAGAAUGAUGCGGUCCGUUGGUUUCGCAGCUGCCUGUCUAGGUUAGAGACCUCUGGCACGCGAUGUUCUCUUGGUUCUGUGUAAGGCACGCGAUAUCGACACCGGGGUAGGUAUAUAGCAUGGUUGCUUUCCUGGAAUCCUUGGACUUGGUGUGACACAGCUUCUCUUCCUUCGUUUCUUCUAUCAGUCGUCAAGAUGAAGGUUUCUACGCUCGUCGCCGGCGCGACUUUGCUCACUGCCCCUGCCUUGGCCAACGACUGGAAGCCAAGUCCUCCUAAGCCGACUCCCUCAAAGCCUGCGCAUCCUCAAAAGCUCGUCUCUUCCGAGGCGCUCCAGAAGGAGAUUACGCUCGAGGCUUUGCUCGCUGGCUCUCAGAAGCUCCAAGACAUCGCCACUGCCAAUGGAGGUAACCGCGCUUUUGGUGGUGGAGGUCAUAAUGCCACGGCAGAAUGGCUCUAUCAGGAGCUUCUGGCGACCGGAUACUACGACGUCUACAAGCAGCCAUUCACUGAACUCUUCUCAGCUGCCACUGUCAGACUCUCGGUUGGUGGCAAUUCGUCGGUUCCGGCUGAAUACAUGACAUACGGACCUUCUGGCAACUUCACUGGCCCUAUCGUUCGCGUGAACAACCUCGGAUGCGAUGCUUCCGACUACCCUGCUGAGGUUUCUGGCAAGAUUGCUCUCAUCUCGCGAGGCACAUGCACAUUCGGUGCCAAGGCUACAACCGCCAAAGCUGCUGGUGCGGCUGCCGUCAUCAUCUACAACAACCUCCCUCUCCAGGCUCUGUCAGGAACUCUUGGUGCCGUUGGUACUUACGCUCCCACUGUCGGUGUGACUCAGGAGGUCGGCAAUCAGAUCAUCGCUGCUAUUGCAGCUGGUUCGGCCCAAGGCACCGUCUUUGUGAACACCAUUGAGGAGCAGCGUGUCAGCUACAACGUCAUCGCUGAGACUAAGGGCGGAGACCACGAUAACGUUCUCAUGAUUGGUGGUCACUCCGACUCGGUUUAUGCCGGCCCUGGCAUCAACGACGACGGCUCCGGUUCCAUCGGAUCCCUCGUUGUAGCCAAGGCCCUCGCCAAAUUCAAGGUCAAGAACGCUGUCAGGUUUGGAUGGUACUCAGCCGAGGAGUUCGGAAAACUUGGCUCUUUCCACUACCUGAGGACUCUGAACGGGACUAUUAGCGGUGGGCCUCAGGAAGUGGCCAAGAUCCGCGCCUAUCUCAACUUCGACAUGAUUGCCUCGCCAAACUACGUCCUAGGAAUUUACGACGGUGACGGUAGCGCCUUCAACUUCUCCGGUCCCGCCGGCUCCGACACCAUCGAGAAGGACUUUGAAGCCUUCUACGAGUCAAAGGGCAAGGCACACGUCCCCUCGCUCUUCACUCUCCGCUCCGACUACGCCGCAUUCCUGGAGAAUGGCAUUCCAUCCGGCGGUCUCUUCACCGGCGCCGAGACGCUCAAGACUGCCGAGGAAGCUCUUCUUUUCGGCGGCGAAGCCGGCCAACCGCUUGAUGCCUGCUACCACAAGGCCUGCGACAACAUCGACAACCUCGACAACGACGUCUACCUGCUCAAUACUCAGAGCAUUGCUAACUCGGUCGCCAAGUAUGCCGUUGACUGGGCGGGUAUUCCCCGACCGGGUCAGAAGCUCAGGCGUAGGACUGCUGAUAAGGCGAGGGCUGUGAGCAGGUUCGAUCGUGGUGGACAUGGACAUCAUGGCCAGCCUUGUGGCUCGGGUCAUACCGAGCUGUAGAUAUAGGAGAUGUGUGAAUAUGAAGUAUGUUGUAAAAAUACAGUAACGGUUGAGAUAAUG